AACACACACACACACACACAUUAUCUCUAUACUUUGUCACUCUCUUUUUUACACUCAAAUAGAAAACAUAAAAAAUCACACAGUGAUUUCCGGUAAUGGGUUGUACAGCUUCAAAAUUAGGCAAUGAAGAUUCAGUCAGACGUUGUAAAGAACGACGUCGUUUAAUGAAAGAAGCCGUUUACGCCCGCCACCAUCUCGCCGCCGCUCACUCCGACUACUGCCGCUCUUUAAAAGUCACCGGAUCCGCACUUUCCGUCUUCGCCGCCGGCGAACCCCUCUCCGUCGCCGACCAAACCCCUGCUGUUCUCCUCCCUACUCCUUCCACCACCUCCACCGUCAAACCACCGCCGCGUCCGCCGUCAUCGUCGUCGUCAUUUCGCUCUUACAAAACACAACAAGCUCCACCGGCACCGCCGUCUUUUCACUCUUACAAAACACAAACUCCGGCGCCGGCACCGGCACCGGCACCGGCGGUAUCUAGGUCACCGGCGCCGUCAGUUGCCAGCUCGAAACACCGUCAUCCGCGGCGGAGUAAACCUCCACCGGUGAAGGUGAAACUACCUCACAUUUUAUCAGAAUCAAGUGAAACGGAAUCAUAUAGAUACAAAAAUGAAGAUAUAUAUACAUACAAUGCUGAAAAGGCAAAUUACAAUUCUACCCCUUCACAAACAUCAUCAGUUUGGAACUGGGAAAAUUUUUACCCCCCUUCCCCUCCUGAUUCCGAAUACUUUGACCGAAAAAACCCCAACUCCGAAACCGAAGAAGAAGACGAAGAUCGCUCUUCUUCUUCGGUUUAUUCCCAUUCUCAUUAUAAUUAUAAUAAUAAUGAACCUAUAAAAAAACCGACAAAAAAAACUUCAAAUAAAAAAGAAGAAAAAAAAGAAGAAAGAGAAGAAGUAGAAUGUAGUGAAUGGGCGGAUCAUCAUGAUCAUUAUAGUACUACUAGUUCAACUAGCUAUGAUGAUGAUGAUGAUGAUGAUAACGAGUCAAGAUCAGAUUCUAGAUCUGAAAUUGGAAGCCGGUCGAACUUCGGAUCCGAAGCGCCUCCACCGGCUUCUUAUCAUUCCGGGUUUACUGCUUCGAAAAGCAGUAAGUUAUUUCCCGGAAAGAAAGUGUCUGGGGAGUCAGCAGAAGAAUCUUAUUAUAAUGAUAAGGAUAGGUUUAAUAAUAAUAAUAAUAAUGAUAAUGGUGAUAUGAGAAUGGUGAUUAGGCAUAGGGAUUUGACUGAGAUUGUUGCUUCUAUUAAGGAGUAUUUUGAUAAAGCAGGUGAUGCUGGUGAACAAGUUUCCGAAAUGCUGGAAACCGGUCGGGCUCAGCUCGACCGCAGUUUCCGACAGUUGAAAAAAACUGUGUAUCAUUCAAGUAGUGUGUUGAGUAAUUUGAGUUCAAGCUGGACAUCAAAGCCACCAUUGGCAGUAAAGUACAGGUUUGAGCCGGAUUCAAUAGGCGGUGAACCGGGCGGUUCAAAGAGUUUAUGUUCAACUCUUGAAAGACUUUUGGCUUGGGAAAUGAAGCUGUACCAAGAAGUGAAGGCAAGAGAAGGGGUUAAAAUUGAGCAUGAGAGGAAAUUAGCGGCACUACAGAGCCAGGAGUAUAAAGGAGAAGAUGAGAGUAAACUGAACAAAACAAAGGCGACAAUAAAAAGGCUGCAGUCGCUAAUUGUUGUUACAUCUCAGGCCGUCUCAACCACCUCUACGGCUAUUGUUGGACUACGAGAUGCCGAGCUAGUCCCGCAACUUGUUGAGCUUUGUCAUGGGUUCAUGUACAUGUGGAGAUCAAUGAACCAAUGCCAUGAAGUCCAAAACCAUGUUGUUCAACAAGUUCGGGGCCUAGUUAACCGGUCAUCCAAAGGGGAGUCAACUUCCGACCUUCACCGCCAAGCGACCCGUGAUCUUGAAGCCGCUGUGUCAGCAUGGCACACCAGUUUCUGCCGCCUGAUAAAAUUUCAGAGAGAUUUCAUCAGAUCUCUUCAUCAGUGGUUCAAACUCACUCUCCUUCCCAUCAAUACCGAAGAAGCAAACAUCAACGGCUCACAACCCUCUGAUGUUUACUUAGUCUUUGAUGAGUGGAAACUAGCCCUUGAUCGUUUACCUGACACAGUGGCUUCUGAAGCCAUUAAAAGCUUCAUAAAUGUUGUUCAUUCAAUAUCUCAAAAACAAGCAGAGGAAAUGAAAGUGAAAAAGCGCACUGAAUCAGCAUCAAAAGAGCUUGAGAAGAAAGCAUCUUCUUUAAGAAGCAUAGAGAAAAAGUACUACCAUUCUUACUCUAUGGUUGGGCUUGGGCUCCCAGGCAGCGGGCCUGAAAAUGAGCACGGGUUGGACGCACGGGACCCGCUUUCUGAGAAAAAGUCGGAGCUAGUGGCAUGUCAGAGACGAGUUCAGGACGAAAUGGUCAGGCACUCAAAGGCAGUAGAGGUAACAAGAGCUAUGACUUUAAACAAUAUCCAAACUGGUUUGCCAGGAGUUUUUCAAGCGAUGACAAGUUUUUCGGGUUUGAUAAUGGAAGCACUUGAGGUUGUUUGCAACAAAUCAUAUGCCAUCAAGUAAUUUUACAACCCUAUGAUCGUGAGUUUGAGUCUCUUUUAUCAUUUCGAAAGCAAAGUUGGAUUAUAAUUCAUAGAAUCAUAUAUAUUAUGUUGUUAAUGGCAAAGGGGGCAAAAAAAAAAAUGAAUUUUUGAAGAGGGGAUUGAUAAUGUAGAUAUAUAUGUGGGGAAUUUUUGGGUUUUUGGCCAUCUCUUUUGUUGGGAGGAGGAAAUGCUAUAUCCUCCUGUAUAGGCAAACAUUGCUUCGUUUCAGAAACAUCACUUUUUCCAUAUGAUACAUAACCUUGAUAUAUUUUGUAUAAUAUAAUAUAAUAUCUAUAUUUUACUGGUCU